CCGCAGCGAGGCCGCCGCCGCUGCCGCCGCCAUGGAAGCACUGGGACCCGGGCCCCCAACAAGCCUUUUCCAGCCCCCCCGUCGCCCAGGCCUGGGAACUGUUGGGAAGCCCAUCCGCCUCCUGGCCAACCAUUUCCAGGUGCAGAUCCCUAAGAUCGACGUUUAUCACUAUGAUGUGGAUAUCAAACCAGAAAAACGACCCCGAAGAGUGAACAGGGAGGUGGUGGAUACUAUGGUGAGGCACUUCAAGAUGCAGAUAUUUGGUGACCGGCAGCCUGGAUACGAUGGGAAGAGGAACAUGUACACUGCACACCCGUUACCCAUCGGCAGGGACAGAGUGGAUAUGGAGGUGACGCUUCCAGGAGAGGGGAAGGACCAGACUUUUAAAGUGUCCAUUCAGUGGGUGUCAGUCGUCAGCCUUCAGAUGCUGUUGGAAGCUCUGGCAGGGCAUUUGAACGAAGUUCCUGAGGAUUCUGUGCAGGCACUGGAUGUAAUUACCCGGCACCUUCCCUCCAUGAGGUAUACUCCUGUGGGUCGCUCCUUCUUCUCCCCCCCUGAAGGCUAUUACCACCCUCUGGGGGGUGGCAGGGAGGUCUGGUUUGGUUUCCACCAGUCUGUCAGACCUGCCAUGUGGAACAUGAUGCUCAACAUUGAUGUAUCAGCAACUGCUUUCUAUCGUGCUCAGCCUAUCAUUGAGUUCAUGUGUGAGGUCUUGGACAUUCAGAACAUCAAUGAACAAACCAAGCCUCUGACAGACUCCCAGCGUGUCAAGUUUACCAAAGAAAUCAGAGGUCUGAAAGUAGAGGUUACUCACUGUGGCCAGAUGAAGAGAAAAUACCGAGUUUGCAAUGUUACUCGUCGACCAGCCAGUCACCAGACGUUUCCCCUGCAGUUGGAAAACGGGCAGGCUAUGGAGUGUACAGUAGCUCAGUAUUUUAAGCAGAAGUACAGUCUGCAGCUAAAAUAUCCUCAUCUUCCCUGUCUGCAAGUAGGACAGGAGCAGAAACACACGUACCUACCGCUUGAGGUGUGUAACAUCGUGGCAGGCCAGAGGUGCAUCAAGAAGCUCACAGACAAUCAGACAUCAACCAUGAUAAAAGCGACUGCGAGAUCGGCGCCGGACCGGCAGGAAGAAAUCAGCAGACUCGUGAAAAGUAACAGUAUGGUUGGUGGACCUGAUCCAUAUCUGAAGGAGUUUGGUAUUGUUGUCCAUAAUGAAAUGACUGAGUUGACAGGCAGAGUUUUGCCAGCGCCAAUGCUGCAAUAUGGAGGCAGGAACAAGACUGUGGCCACACCAAACCAAGGUGUGUGGGACAUGAGAGGGAAACAGUUCUAUGCUGGCAUUGAGAUUAAAGUUUGGGCUGUUGCCUGUUUUGCUCCUCAAAAACAAUGCAGGGAAGACUUACUAAAGAGUUUUACAGACCAGCUGCGUAAGAUCUCCAAGGACGCAGGGAUGCCGAUCCAGGGCCAGCCCUGUUUCUGUAAAUAUGCCCAGGGUGCAGACAGUGUGGAGCCCAUGUUUAAACAUCUAAAACUGACUUAUGUUGGCCUGCAGCUGAUUGUGGUGAUUCUACCCGGCAAGACACCCGUGUAUGCUGAAGUAAAGCGGGUUGGUGACACUCUUCUUGGCAUGGCCACUCAGUGCGUUCAGGUAAAGAACGUGGUGAAAACCUCACCACAAACGCUGUCCAACCUGUGUCUGAAAAUAAAUGCAAAGCUCGGAGGAAUCAACAAUGUGCUCGUACCUCAUCAAAGGCCCUCAGUGUUCCAGCAGCCCGUGAUCUUUCUGGGAGCAGAUGUCACUCACCCUCCUGCUGGGGAUGGAAAGAAGCCUUCCAUAGCUGCUGUGGUGGGCAGCAUGGACGGCCAUCCCAGCCGGUACUGCGCCACGGUGCGGGUGCAGACCUCCCGCCAGGAGACCUCGCAGGAGCUGCUGUACAGCCAGGAGGUGAUCCAGGACCUGACAAACAUGGUGCGGGAGCUGCUGAUACAGUUCUACAAGUCCACGCGUUUCAAGCCCACGAGAAUCAUUUACUACAGAGGAGGAGUGUCAGAAGGGCAGAUGAAGCAGGUAGCUUGGCCAGAACUUAUAGCAAUCCGAAAGGCCUGUAUUAGUUUGGAAGAAGACUACAGACCAGGAAUAACCUACAUUGUUGUGCAGAAAAGGCAUCACACCAGGCUGUUCUGUGCUGACAAAACUGAAAGGGUGGGUAAGAGUGGCAACGUACCAGCGGGCACCACUGUGGACAGCACCAUCACGCAUCCCUCUGAAUUUGACUUUUACCUCUGCAGCCACGCGGGAAUUCAGGGAACCAGCCGGCCCUCGCACUACCAGGUCCUGUGGGAUGACAACUGUUUCACUGCAGAUGAGCUGCAGCUGCUGACCUAUCAGCUGUGUCACACCUACGUGCGCUGUACGCGAUCAGUCUCUAUUCCAGCACCUGCAUACUAUGCCAGACUGGUGGCAUUUAGGGCUAGGUACCAUCUUGUGGACAAGGAUCACGACAGUGCUGAAGGCAGCCACGUGUCAGGACAGAGCAAUGGCCGUGAUCCUCAGGCUCUGGCAAAGGCAGUGCAGAUCCACCACGAUACUCAACAUACCAUGUAUUUUGCUUGAGAGCGUUUGGGAAGAUGAGGCAAAGCCAACAACUCGUUCAGUCCUGACGUGUUUUCAAUGCCUACUGCUCUAGCUAGGGCCCUUUCUUUCAGACUGCCCCCUACCAGCAGCUCUGAACGGUCGCACUGAAUCUGGACUGCAAACAAUGUCUGAUGCACCGACACAAUUGAGCCAUUCGUUCCGUUCUUUUACGUAAUAGAAAUUCAUAGACUGUCUUUUCUGAUGCAUUGGACUGAAUUUUUACCUCAAAGCGCAAAAGGCCGAUCACCCCGACGUUUUUAAAGCACUUGGCACGAAAGGUUUCUAUGGAAUAUUUUGCUAGCGAUGGUCUUUAGGUUCCCUUCUCACCCCAUGAGUUGAUGGUGACGAGUGAUUCUCCGUCCUCACGCGCUGCUUAGUGACUGCGUAGUAUGGCGAAACUCCUCCAGUUCGAUGUCAUUGUUCUCUUGUGUGGGGCCAUAGAUUUUUUUAAUGGAGAUUUUAGACUUCACUACUGUAAAUGCCUUUUAACAGACGUAACUUUCACAGGUCUUGCAGUUUUAGUCGGUUUUACUAAUGACCUUUUUAACCUGCAGACUCGGGCUGCAAAGCAAUUGCACUAUUCUGCCAGUCCAGACCGGUGGUUCCUGCUCUGUGAAUGUGUGACGUGCCCAGGUGGUGAUGCCUGUCAGCAGGUUUUCAUUGUAACGGCUACCAGUAACACUGCCCUGGUCUCAUAACAAACACUGAACCAUCGUUUUCUCCCCCUCUAAAAAAAAA